ACCAUUACUCCCAUACUCAAUCAUCCAGCACCCUCACUGACACCGGGAAAUUUCACUCGGACCAUGCAAACCGAUGAAGAUUUUAAUAUUCGCUUUGUGAACCUUGUUCGUAAUCAUAAGUGUUUGUAUGACAAAAAAGUUCCGGAAUAUCGUAAUCGUGAUAAUCAGGAGAAGGCAUGGUAUCAAAUAUCAUUGGAGACCAAAGAGAGUGUCAUUCACUGUAAAGAACGCUGGCGUAAUUUACGAGCCUGUCUCUCCCGCUACAUCAAACAGCAAAGCGGUAAUGAUCCUCAACACAAACCCUAUUAUCUAACCGAACACAUGGCAUUUCUAUUGCCUUUCCUAAAGACCACCAGAAAUUCGCUCGAUGGCAAUAGUAGCCUCGCCACACUUUAUCAAUAUUCCCAGCAACAACAACAAUUGCAACAACAGCAGCAACAACAACAAAACAAUUCCAUUUCAACCACCCUGCAGGUAAUGGUGCCACCACAACAACUAAACUACAAAGAACAUCAUGGGCUGGAGGUGAAACAUUCUCUCUCCGAUAAUGAAGAUGAAGAGACCAUUGAUGCUUUUGAUCCGGCCAUAACAGCCAAUCUACAUAUGCAACAAAAUCCCAACUCACCACCUCUCAGCGAUACAGCCAGCGCCAAUACAAUGCAAAAUUUUAUACCUGAUGUCCAGCUAUCGGAGUUGCGAACACCCGAUGGAGUGGUCCACGACUAUGUGAAUGCAAAUAUUCGUCGAGAUUCAUCUCAUCAUGAUUUUUUGCACGAACCAAAACGCAUCAAAACCGAGUGCCAUGCCAGUGAGGCCACAACCACGGCGCAGCUGCAUAUGUAUGCGGGGGAACAGGCCGAUAUGGAAUUCUUUCGUAGCAUAUUGCCGGAUAUUGCGGCAUUGACGCCACAUCAAAAGCGUAAAUUAAAAAUUGGUAUCCUAGAGCUAAUCGAUGAUGUGGUGGAACGAUAUCCCUUGGAACGAAGUAGUACAAAUAAUGCCAACAUUAACAACACAAGUAACAAUAAUGUGACUAGUCAAACCACACCCAAUGCGAGUAGCAAAUCGCGGCGAAAUUCCUCACGAGGAGAUUGGCACAAAUAA